AUUCUGAGUUUUUUUUUUACAGAAUAGCUAUUUUUGAAUUUAGAUGACUAAACACUUAUUUAGAUAGACCGUCUUAGAAAUGUAUUGCUUUGUUUUACCAAGUAUGUUCAGCUAAAUGCUACUAGGCUAAAUAUUACACACUGCACCUUUAAGUUCCAGAAGAAACAUCAAUCUAAAAAUAGGCAAAAGAAAUGACUCACUGGGUUAAAAUCCACAAAUACUAAACAUAAUUAAAUACAAUUCUAAGAUCUUUCUGUAAACGAAAUCAAACAAUUAUGUGCAUUUUUAACUGUUACAUUCACAAACAAUGGAUUAACACGGAGCUUUAAAUUACUCAUUGAUUUAUGACCUCCAAACAGGUGUAGACCAGAGAUUGUCCCGGUGGGCCGUCAUAUAUUGGCUUAGAAAGUGAAACUAAAGUUUCUUGAAAAAUAGAAACUUGGGCGUGACAACGAUUGAUUGGACAUGAACAAACGUCAGACGUGCCAAACCUACGAAGACUUAGCAGUCCGUACUAUAGAGGGCCUGAUACUGCAUGCAGCUACAGGUGGAGGAGGAGACGCAGGUGUGACAGGUACACCACGAGCACGAGGAGAGCGACCAGUGGAUGUGCUGAGAUGAAAUGAAGAGGUGAAAACAAACAUCAGAGUCUGAUUCAAAUUGGACGGUGAGAGGAAAACUUCCAUCCCUAAAAGAAAGGGGGAACAUCAAGACCGGGCCCUUUGUCCGUCUGAGUGAAUCACACUUAAAGACUCUGAACAUUCAGAUUCAUUCGUUCACAAGUUAAGUAGACAGAGACCUGCCAUGGAAGAGAUCGUGAGAAAGCUCAAUAACAUCAGCCAUGAAGUACGAAAGUACAUCGAUAAACGCCUUACAGUCAGAAGACUGGGACUUUGGAUCUGUGCAGUGGGACUUCUUACAGCUCUGGUCUCUUGGAGAGAAAGCUUGGCUGUGGUGGAGGCAAUAAGAGGAGCAGCAUUAGGAGCAGCAACAGUAGGAGCAAUAGGAGUGACAAUGGUAGGGCCAACAGCAGCAACAAUAGUAGGAGUAUUAAGAGGAAUUAUAGAACGAGGUAUACCAGAAACAAAGUUAAAAAUAGUGUUAGCAAUAGGAGUAUUAACAGGAGCAGCAAUAGUAGCAGCAGUAAGAAAAGUGAAAAGAGUACUAGGAGGAGCUAUAGAGGGAGCUAUCUUGGGAACAAUAGUAGGAGUAUUAGCAGCAAUAGAAGCAGCAAUAGUAGCUGCAGUAGGAGCAAUAGGAGGCACAAUAGGAGCAGCAGUAGGAGGAGGAGUAGUAGGAGCAGUAGUAGGAGGAAUAGGAGGAGCAUUUGUGGGAGGAGUAGGGGGAGUAGUAAGAGUAGAUAUAGAAGGAGAUGAAUUUGGAGAGCUUUUUGGACUAAUAGUUAUAAUGGGAACAGCAAGUGUAGUAAUACCUGGAGCAGCAAUAGCAGCACCAAUAGGUGCAGCAAUAGGAGCAGCAAUAGGAGGCACAACAGGAGCAGUAAGUGGAGCAUCAAUAGGAGCAUCAAUAGGAGGAGGAAUAGCCGGAGCAGCACUAGGAGGAAUAGGAGGAGGUUUAGGAGAAAGACCAGGAGAAAUACAAGGAGCAAUACGAGGAGCAAUACGAGGAGCAAUAAUAGCAGCAAUAAUAGCAGCAAAAAUAGCAGCAAUAGGAGCAGCAAUAGGAGGAACAACAAUAGGAGGAGUAAUAGGAGGAGCAAUCAUAGGAGCAGCAGUUGUAGGGAUGAUAGGAGGAGCAACAGCAGGAGCAGCAAGAGCAACAACAAAAAAAGCAAAAGGAGAAGCAGAAAUAGUAAGAGCAAUAGUUGGAGCAGUAGUUGGAGCCAUUGGAGGAGCAAUAGUAGGAGCAGUAGCAGGAGAAUCAGGAGGAACCGUUGAGGGAGCAAUAGGAGCAGCAUUAGGAGCUGACAUAGGGGGAGAAAUAGGAGCAGCAAUAGGGGCAAACAUAAGAGAAGAAACUGGAUCAGCAAUAGCAGUAAUGGCACCGAUAGGAGCAGCAACAAGAGGAGCAAUAGAAGCAGGAUUUGGAGCAAUAAAAGGAGGAGUAACAGGCGCAGCAUUAGGAGCAGCAUUAGGAGCAACAGGAGCAGUAGAAGGGGGAACAGGAGCAGUAACAGGAGCAAUGAUAGGAGGAGCAAUAGGAGGAGGGGUAUGUGCUGGGACUGCCAUCUGGAACCAACAGAAGACAGAGAGCUAGAGGAAAGUUCAGAAGAAGCAGAAGAGCAGGUAAAGACUUUCUGGAGAUUCUUGGACAGAGUCGUACUCAGAAGAUACUAGAACAACAUCCUGGACUGGACUGGAUAGAAUCCCCUCCUAUGGGAGCCUUAUAAAUUACCCGUAGAUGUGACUGUGCCUGGUGGUUUGUCUCUGUAUGUCAGCCCUGUGACUGGCUGGUGGUCUUUCCAGGGCGUACCCCGCCUCUGCCCCAAUGACCCCAGAAUGGAUAAGAGGCGUAGAACAAGGAUGGGCCACUGACUAUGAGGGGACACUGAUGUAAUCUGGGGCGAUUCAGAAGGAAACACUCAGACAGCAGGCAAGAGACGACACUGAUCAGCCAGUAUUGAGUUUCCUUUCUUGUAAAUUUUCAAAAUGAUCAACUUUAUAAUCUCAAACAUUAGGAGUUUGGUAUCUCAUAAAUUUACAACUUAACAAGCUUGAAAUGUAGAGCGUUUAAUCCAUCACAGUUUUGCAUUUGCAUGUUGCAGCAAAAACCUCUCUGUUCACAUUUCAGAUUACACAAUAUAACCAACCAUAGCUCUGUUUGUAUUUCUGGACAAUCAAAACCCACACAUCCUGUCUUUUUGUCAACUGUUAAUUUUGUAAUAAUGUUCUGCUUUACUUGAUCCUGUUAUUUUUCUCUUUCUGAAGAGAUUUGCCUCUAAGGUUUCUUACGUGCUCCAGAUUUUCCUCUGUUUAAUUUUCUUUAUGUUCAAAUUAGCUCCUUGUCAAUGUAAUAUUAGAGUCAUAUUUAUAUUUUAAACCUUGUUUAUUGUAUUAACUGGUGAUAUCUUUGUAAUAUUGAUUUUAAAAAAUGUCAUUAGACUCUAAACUUGUUUUAGCAUGACGAUAGCAUGAUUUUACCCUCCUUCCUUAUGAUUCAUGUUAAUCCUGUAGUUUCUCAUUAAAGUUUGAUUCAUUUAGUUCUAUUUCAGCACAUUCCUGAUGUUAGGAAUCAUGAGACGCUGAAAUGCUUUAAUAUAUAAACCCUCUAUUUCUUACAUUCCUGCAAACUUUAAGAAAUCCAGUUUUUGCUGUUGUAUUUUUUCAUGUAUUUCUCUGUGUGAUGUACAGA